GCAGCUCCGGGCACGAUGCAGAGAGCCGGAGGCGGGGGCGCCCCCGGGGGCAGCGGCGGCGGCGGGGGCCCGGGCGCUGCCUUCUCCAUCGACUCCCUGAUCGGGCCGCAGCCGCCGCGCUCCGGCCACUUGCUCUACACUGGCUACCCCAUGUUCAUGCCCUACCGGCCCCUCGUGCUGCCGCAGGCGCUGGCCCCCGCGCCGCUGCCCGCCGGCCUCCCGCCCCUCGCCCCGCUAGCCUCCUUUGCCGGCCGCCUGACGAACACCUUCUGCGCGGGGCUGGGCCAGGCCGUGCCCUCGAUGGUGGCGCUGACCACCGCGCUGCCCAGCUUCGCGGAGCCGCCCGACGCCUUCUACGGGCCCCCAGAGCUCGCUGCCGCCGCCGCCGCCGCCACUGCCACGAGAAACAACCCCGAGCCGGGCGGCCGACGCCCGGAGGGCGCGCUGGAAGCCGAAGAGCUGCUGCCCGCCCGGGAGAAAGUGGCAGAUCCCGCACCGCCCCCGCCUCUGCACUUCUCAGAGACUUUCCCAAGUCUGCCGGCCGAGGGGAAGGUGUACAGCUCGGAUGAGGAGAAGCCGGAGGCGCCGGCGGGAGACCCAGCAGGCAGCGAGCAGGACGAAGGGGGCUCGGGCGGUGACAGCGAGGACGACGGUUUCCUGGACAGCUCUGCAGGGGGCCCCGGGGCCCUCCUGGGACCCAAAGCGAAGCUAACGGGAAGCCUGGGGACUGGAGCUGAGGAGGGGGCGCCGGCGGCGGCGGCGGCGGGAGUCGCGGCUCCUGGGGGCAAAAGCCGGCGGCGCCGCACAGCCUUUACCAGCGAGCAGCUUUUGGAGCUGGAGAAGGAGUUUCAUUGCAAGAAAUACCUGAGCUUGACCGAGCGCUCCCAGAUCGCCCACGCCCUCAAGCUCAGUGAGGUGCAGGUCAAGAUCUGGUUUCAGAAUCGGCGGGCCAAGUGGAAGCGCAUCAAAGCUGGCAAUGGGGGCAGCCGUUCUGGGGAGCCUGCAAGAAACCCCAAGAUUGUCGUGCCCAUACCCGUGCACGUCAGCAGGUUCGCGGCGCGGAGCCAGCACCAGCAGAUGGAGCAGGGCGCCCGGCCCUGAGGGGCUCCCGGGGACGUCCUGAGUCUGCUCGGAGACUGGGCCAGGGUCCUGGGGACCAGAGGGGUUCCCGCUGUGAUUCUGCCCUCGGACGGCGCUCAGUCGGCAAUUCACGUAGCUCUAGGGGGGCUCUCCUGGCACUUGGCCCUGAGCCACUCCAGAGACCCCCAGGACUGGGGCUUCAGGGCUAAAGGGGCUUUAGGUUCUUCCUGUCGAGGAGCUGCUGGGACUGAGUUGGACCCCUAGGGCUCGGCAGGUUCCUGGCUGACGCCCUGGAAUCGCUUCUGACGGGGGUGGGAGGAAGCCGGGGUGAGGCCUAGCCAAGCUGAUGGCGGCUCCUUAUUUAUUUUGUGUGGAGUUUGUAUAUAUGGAGCUGUCUGCCUCUGUCUGUCUGCACCCCUGAGAGGGGCUGGGGAGCUUGUGUGUUUCCUCCAUCCUCAGCCAGUUUGGUUCCGUCUCACUGUCCCAGGGUGGGUACCGCCUCGCCUGUCUAUAGUACAGGACGCGCAAAGAAGUGAAGUGGAACUGUCACUAGCCCGUUAGAAACCCUUCAGCACCCACCUGUCCUUCCUGUAAUCUACCUCCACUAACAUCCUCUCCCGCCGCAGGUGCUGCCCACCGUCCCCGCCUCCAGCUCUCACGCUCCUGACGCGGCACCGCUUUUCUCUUUCCCAUUAAACAGGCAAGCUUCUGCAUCUCUGUUUUCUGCUCUUUGCAAGAGUUUGCAGACUUCAGUUAGAGGGUUCACUCCCUUUUGUGUUCUGAGGGGAAAUGAAGUACUUGACCCUAGCUUAGAUGGGGCGUGUCUGGCCGUGUCUAAGUAGGUGGAGGUUAUCAGUCGUGUGAGGGACUGGGGCCGGCCGGGGGCUCACCCCCAUCACCUGGGAGCCCAUUAAUAGAUCCUCUCC